ACCCGUGGCCCUCCUAAGAGCAGUCAGGGUCUUUCCUGUCCACGGGGAACUCCCGCAGAGAAUCUGCUGCCCUCCCUCGAUGAUUUUCUGUCCGCUCUUCCCGUUUCUUUCAGUGAUCCAGUCCCUCAUGGCUCAGCAGUGUUUCCACAGUGAAUAUUUUGACAGUCUGCUGCAUGCUUGCAAACCAUGCCACUUGAGAUGUUCCAACCCUCCUGCAACCUGUCAGCCUUACUGUGAUCCAAGCAUGACCAGUUCAGUGAGAGGGACAUACACGGUGCUCUGGAUCUUCUUGGGGCUGACCUUGGUCCUCUUUUUGGCACUUUUCACACUCUCAUUCUUGCUGAGGAAGAUGAACCCCGAGGCCCUGAAGGACAAGCCUCAAAGCCCAGGUCAGCUUGACGGAUCGGCUCAGCUGGACAAGGCCGACACCGAGCUGACUAGGAGCAGGGCUGGUGACGAAAGGAUUCUUCCCCGAAGCCUGGAGUAUACAGUGGAAGAGUGCACCUGUGAGGACUGUGUCAAGAGCAAACCCAAGGGGGAUUCUGACCAUUUCUUCCCGCUUCCAGCCAUGGAGGAGGGGGCAACCAUUCUUGUCACCACGAAAACAGCUGACUACGGCAAGUCAAGUGUGCCAACUGCUUUGCAAAGCAUCAUGGGGAUGGAGAAGCCGACUCACACUAGAUAAUGAGCUUUCUAACUGGUGUGAAGCCGCUUUGAGAACCUUUUGUCAGGAGAGCUGAUGCCUUAGAUGUCUUUAGGAUGACCGUUUAUCAACCAAGAAUACAGCUUUUUGUUCUUUAA